AUGGCUAAUGCCAUGAUUCAAUUACCAAUUACCCUCCUAAUUGGAAUUUACUUUGUUUCAAUCGCCAAAUUAUCACUAUCAGAAGCUCUUGAUAUCGAUAAAAUUAGUAAUAAUACCAACGAAACAUGUCCUGAUUCGCUUUCUGUUGUCUUAGAGUCUCACAAUUUGGAGUAUCUUCCCAACGGGUCUUUUCUUCAUCAUCAAAGUACCCAGGAAGUUUACCCUCAGGAAUUUUUGCGGAAAGAUAACGACACCACUUACGCGUGCGUUUGCAAACAAGGCUUCGGUAGAACUUGUAUCAGAAAGUGUUGUCAAGGCAACGAAUUUUUGAAAGUUUCCAACUACGAUGACAAAUCCGAGUGCACUGAAAUAGAAGAUAAGUUUUUAAAAGUACCAGAUCUUCUUCCCGCUAAAAAUCAGCUGGAAAAUAAAUUGGAGAAUAUCAGUGGACUUUCCCAGCAAUUUCGCAUUAUUGUUAAUCAAAUCUGUCCGUUUGGAAGAUACCGCUUGGAGCCAGAACAAUUUGAAGAUGAUAACUUUGUAAUUUUCUCGAACGGGACCCUGAAAACAGGAGAUCUUACGUUAACCCAGUCCCAGUACUGUUUAGACUGGGACCAUGAUUUUAAAACAAUAAUUGUGCUUGUGUGUCACUCACCCGAAUUAGACGUGGAAGAAGAAAACCCAAUGGUGACAAUUGUCCAUCCAAUUGGAGUUAUUAUCUCGAUUCCAUUUCUCGUAGCGACGCUUUUUGUUUACGCUGUGAUUCCAGAAUUGAGAAAUCUUUACGGAAUCACGUUGAUGUGCUACGUCGGGUGUCUUCUUGGGGCAUAUAUCUUCCUUGUCACCGGCAGGCUUAUUUACCACAGACAUUUUUCUUGCGUCAUAAUCGUCAUGCUCUUCACGUCAUCCACACACGGAUUUUUUAUCAUCAUACUUGCUCUUCUAUCUCCAAGUUUCUUGCUGUCUGUGACGAUUAGCAGUGAUGUUUCCUAUAAUGUUAGUGAACUUUAUAAUUCAUUGUCUACUGUGGGGAUAGAAUCUCCCGAUGUGAAUGAUGAAUUAAUAACAAACACAUCAAUUCCAAUAUGCUGCCCUCCUGGUUUCGUAGUUUAUUCAUCAAAAUGCAUCAAAUCUUCAGUACCUGAGCACGCUAUUAAUAUCACAAACGGCCUCGAAUAUCUGCAACUUUACACCGAAAAUCAUACCGAAUCUGAAACAAAAUGGGAUUCAUUAGAAAAAAAGUACGGGAUACCAUGUCAAUCACAAUUAGCCGCUUUAAAUCCUGAGUAUCCGCAUUUCGACGUUUUUUACCUCCUUGAAAAUGGAACCUUGUACUUAAACUACAGUUUGGAUGGAGAUUCUGAUCAGUUGCUAAACGCCGACCAAUUUUGCCUAGCACAUAUUGAAAGAGACGAUCAAAUUCAUAUCUUAGUCGCUAUUUGUUCAUCCUUCGAGGAAAUAAAUAUACCGUUUACAUACCGGAUGGGGAUUCUAUUGUCCAUUCCAUUCUUCGCAAUGACAUUUUUGGUUUACGCACUGUUUCCGCAGCUGAGGAAUAUCCCUGGAAUGAAUUUGAUGGCAUACGUUGGCUCCACUUUUGUAGCUUAUGUUACGCUGGCUAUUGUCCAAAUCGGAGAAUGUGCUAUCAUUGAUAUGACAAACCUCUGCAUUACUUUUGCUUUCGUAAUUCAUUUUUCAUUUUUGGCGAGCUUUUUCUGGUUGAACGUAAUGUGUUUCGAUAUCUGGUGGACUUUUGGAGGGUUCCGGGCGCUGCAGGGAAGCCAAAAAAAACAGGAGCGAAAGAAAUUCGCUUGUUAUUCGAUCUAUGCGUGGGGAUGCGCCGGGCUUUUAACUGGAAUCUGCCUGAUUAUGGAUUUUCAUCCCAACAUAUCAUCGAGCGUAAUUCGUCCGCAAUUUGGAAAAGAAAGCUGCUGGUUUGCGACCGACGCAGCAAGAGCUAUUUAUUUUUACGGGCCAAUGGGGGUGACUGUAGUUUGCAAUAUAAUUCUCUUCAUCGCUACCGCAAUGAAAAUAGUACAUCAUAAAAAAGAAACAGCCCACCUUAACCGUGAUGACAAUCGCAGACAUAAUGAUAAUAAACAAUGGUUCAAUUUAUAUCUAAAACUAUUUAUUGUCAUGGGAGUAAACUGGUCAAUGGAAAUACCAGAUUACAUUUGGUACGUAACUGACGUCGCAAAUACUCUUCAAGGCCUAGUGAUCUUCAUAAUAUUCGUGUGGAAACGAAAAAUAAAGAUUUUAUUACUGAAACGAUUUGGAUGCAAGGACUCGAAAUUUUUACAAUCGCGUAAUUCAACGCGGAGUACACAUAACAGCUCGAUGUCCACAAAAACAAACACAUCGAUCUUGAAUCCUCUGCAAGAUAAAUUUAAAAUGACUACUAUUGAUAAAAACCAAGAUGAACACACUGAGGCUUUUUAA